GCGAGCGCACGCGCCCCAGGAUACACGUCGUGGCCGCCGGCGCGCUGUGGACCCCUCGGCUGCUCGGCAUGGUGCUGCCUCCUAGUGCGCAAAAACGCUGCGCCCUGCCGGCCGCGGUGGUCCCGGGAGCCCGGGUGACCCGCUGGUUUCCCGCUUCGCGCGCGAGCCCCACACCUGCCCAGUGAGAUUCCAAGGCUGGAAAGAAGAGCUCCUUUGGGACUUACUAAGACUUGGUUCGUGAUGGGUUAGUGGAAAUAUUUCAAAUUAAGUUUUUUUUUUAACUUUCUAAUUUAUUCCCCAAUUUAAAAAGACGAGCGCGCCAGAGAUAAAAUUAAAGACUUCUUUGACAAUCUUCAUCCUCGAGCCAGGCGGCUUGACUCACUUCACUGUUACAGUUACCUGCUUGCGUAGACAGAUUAUAGGGCUUUUGCCUGAAUCUACAGUCGGCUUCCCGACUGAAAAUGCGGGGGAAAGGGGGGUGACAGCCUGCAAGGCCAGCUAUGAAGAGCGAAGGCCACGCUCCAGUCCCUGCACCUGCGGGACACGGAAAACGUCAACACCGAGUGUUUUCUCCCCUUUCUCAGUACGUUGCCCGAAAACAUCCCUGCGCGGCGACUGAGCGUGGUUUGGCGCUGGGGAAGCCCGCGAAGUCCGCCUGCAGCGCCGCGGUGAUGGGCGCGGAGGGCGCCUGCUGGAGGUUUGCUCUCUGCUUGGAUCUCAUAUUUGGGAUGUCAGAAGGUCUCUGUCACUGAAAGAAGGAAAUGCCUCGGCGGAUUGCUGUCAGAGAGUGGGCCGGUGAGCAAGCCGAAAGCUAGGUCUCCCUGUUGCUUCUGCCGCGUGAGCCACGUGGAGGAGGUGGCCCCGACCAGCCCUGACGCAGAAAAAUAAGGUUGCCAGGGCGCCGGCUUACAGCGUCCCAAGAUGAAAGUGAAGGAAGGGUCCUUUGUGUGGUACCUCUAUCUGGACAAAAUAUACUGCUUAUUAUCCGUGAGGAAUGUGAAGGCCUUACUGGAGUAUUUUCGCCUUCUUGAUGUACACCACAAAAACACCUUAAAUGAUGUGCUCUUCUAUCACUUCCUCAGUUACGUGACUAACUUGAAAUCCAGACAGAUCAGGAUGGUGUUUGACAUGUUCGACUGCAAUGCUGUGGGUGAAAUUGGCUUCGAGGAAUUCUACUUGUUGGUCUGCAUCCUGCUGUCACAUCAGAAUCAUUUGGAAGAACAAUUUAUGUACUGCCAUUCGCGGCACGUCUUUAGACUGCUUGACAUAAACGGAGAGCAGAGAAUUGGUAAAGUCAACUUCCACUUGUACAGAUUUCUCUUCAACAUUAGAAACGAGCGACUCAAAGAGUUCUUCCAAGAUUUUCACUCCUCGGAGGACCGCGUAAGUGUAGAUCCCCAAGUGUAGCAUGGCAGCCUCUUAAUAAGGCAGAAGACAGAAUCGGAUUACCUGUAGUAGAGAUGGGUGAGGAGGAGGCUGAGAGACACGAUCCGCACGGAGCUGGUUCAGAGAAAGUCUGGAGACGCACGAAAAGGCUGAGUGCCACACCAUGCGAUGUGGACUCACAGGUUUAAAGAAAGAAAUGUAAUGACAGGGCAGUAAUUGGUGUCGAGGGAAGGGUUCAGGGAUCUGGCUAAGCAAGGAAGUCCAUGUCAGGACCACGCGAGCAGAAUCCUCCGGGAAGCCAUGGUGAGGAUGACGGAUUUUCCCUGCAGAAAAGGGAAGUCUGUGAUGCAGAACAGGGGAGUGGGGGGCACGCUGGGGAACGAUGAGCACCCGAGGAGGAUACUUGGCCUCCUUUACAAGUGGCAAAAUAAGGGUUGCAAUCCUGUUGUCAUCUGUAUCACAUAUUGUAUCAAAUCGCUCCUGAAGUAAUUUUUCUUUUCCUCCCCCAAUAAAAGCGUCUUAACUACAAUGAAUUUAAGAUAUAUACUAUCUUUGCCAAUGAAAAAUCCAAGGAAAAGCAGAGGGAGAGAAUGAAAGAGGAUAAGAGAAACAGAUUCAGAUCUCAGCUCAAGAAAGUUAUGUGUCAAAUUGCUGUAAGCAGAUUUCUGAGAAGACCUUUCCCUCAGAAAUGAUAUGAUUAAUUCAAACUGUUUGAAAAUAAACACAUUCAAAAAGUCAA